AUGCAAGAGAUUUCUGCCUUAACUAUUUUCUCUCUCUUUCUCGUGCUCUCUCAUAUUCCUGCUUCUUACAACGAACCACAUACAGCCGUUCGCAAUUCAAGUCGAGGUGUCACACAGAUGAUCUCAAAGUAA